AUGCCACCAAGUGACGAGUCGCAGCACGAAGAGGAAGAAGCUAAUUAUAAUAAUAUAUUAUAUGAAAACAAUUUGACGGAUGAAAUUGAUUACUUCAAUGAAAAUUUACCACAUAUUAAUUUUUACUUAAAAUUUCAAAAAAAAGAAUUUUUGAAAAAUUUUUUUAACGAAUUGGAAAAAAAGGAAAAAGAUGGAAUAAUUAUAGACACAUUUGCAGAAGGAAAUGAAAAUGAUAAAUGGAAUAAUAUACCUGAUGAAACUACUAAUAGACACAUUGCUGACAACUGUAAAGAGGGUGAUGUGGAUGCAAAUAACCAUGAUGUACUAACUGAAGAGGGGGGUUUCUACAUAGAUGAAAGUAAUUCCGAUGUAGAAAAGACUUCGGAUAGAUCAAGACUAAACGUUAUGACUAGUGUAUACAAAUCUUUUGUAUUGUCUGAAGGAAAGGAUGAACAUGUAACUCAUCUCGAGGAAAAUCAUGAAUACACGAAAAAAAUAAAUAGCAUUUUUCAACAAAAUAAAGAAUUGUUCAUUUUUAGCAUUGAACGAGUAAUUGAAAAUAAUGAUGACCUAAUAUUACAAGAAUACUGUUUCUUAUGUGAUAAAAAAAAAAAACCUAACAAAGUGUUAAGUAGUAUUAAUAUAUAUAUAUGCAAUGAAUGUAAAGGUUCAGAUAGUAAUUUUAGAAUGAUUUCUUUAACUAAAUUAAUUAAUAAAUAUUCUUUAAAUAUGUACGAUUUGACAAAAUAUGAAAAACAGCUAGCUCUAUUGACUACUAAAAACCCUCGAGGUUAUUCAAAACAAAUGAAGCUUUAUUUUUUGUUUCAAAUAAAAGAAAUAGCUAUACGAAAACAUGGAUCCAUGGCUAAGGUAAAAUCUUUAUAUCAUACAAAAAUUUUAAAUAUAAAAACUAGUAAAAGCAAUAAAGCUAUUGUAAAAAAGAAUACUGUUCAUAAAUUAAAAAAACCCAAAAGUAUUUAUAGCAAGCAUAUGGAAAAUAUUGAAAAAAGGAAAAUUAUAUGUGAUAAUAACCAACAUGAUUUUCACCCCCCACUGUGCACCAAUCAAGAUGAUAACGUCUAUGUUAAGAAAUGCAAAAUUUGCUCUUACCAAGUGGAAUACAUUCAAUUUUAA